CACCGGUAGAUCUAGUACUAUUGCCUUGGCAGUAACACAGCCAUGUCAAUGAAUUAUUUUGUGGAUGUAGUAUCUGCUGCAUGCUGUCGUCGAGGCUCAUAAGUAAUAGUUCACAUAACAGUCAUUAGUCAUAGUUAUGCGUACUGAUCCAGUGCAGUGCAACAAGGCGCGAAAAUAGAAUCGACUAGAAGUAGAAGUCACAUACCGGUUUGCUAAAAUCGAUUGUCGUUUGAGUCACAGUCACACACCACAGGAAGUGGCAAUGGCCGGCGAGCAGGUGGGAUUGCUCGAGUUCAUCGCAGCGGAGAAAGAGAAGCUGAGGCGAGAGCGAGAAGAGUUGCUGCUGGACAAAUUUCGACUGGAGCGCAGCAAGCAGAACCAAGACACCCAGAUACGGCGUCCUGCAAGUCGUGGUGGUUCUCGAGCAGGAAUUGCUCCCGCAGCAGACCGUCGUCCUCCGUCAGCCGCCAAAGUAACAGCUGCAGCAGCAGCACCUAAUCAUCGACCUCCGACAACUAGCGGCACUGGCCCUGCCGCUGGCCGCGCUGCAACUGAUCGAUCUCCUAUCGUGAAUGCUGCGGCUGCAAAGUCCAGUGGUCAAGAUGAUGGCGGCGUUGGAAAUAGCCUGCAACUUGGUGAGUACGAGCAGAAACGGAAGAGACUCGAACAGCAGCGCCAACAGGAAUAUCGGAAAUACUUGGAAGAGAAAAAGCGAGCUGGCAAAGAUGCGAGGCCACCCAGUGGAGCAGCUGGGAAGCGACCAAGCAGUCGUCGAGGUGCCGAGCUACAAACACGAGGCAUAGCCACACCCUGCUCACAUCCAACAGGUGAUGGUGGGCCGAGGGGCCAGGAGCAGACGGUCGGAAGAGAUCUGCAGAUGCUGGAAGAGCACGAGAGGAAAACGAGGAAAGAACUGGCGGACAGAAAGGCCGAGUAUGCGGCAUACUUGCGGGAGCAGGACAGGAAGCCACAGCAGCGGCCCAGCAGCAGUACAGCAACUGGACUGCAACUGAGAGACCCAAAAUCAGCUCAGGAGAGACUAAAGGAAGAACGACGGCGUGAUUAUCACAACUAUCGCAAGUCGCUCGAGGCCGAGGAGAGAGAAUCUCAACAGCCCACAGCACGGCAAAGAUCAGUGCCAGCAACCAGCCUAGCGAUUGGAUCCGAAGCUCAGAAGGAAAGACCACGUGACCAGCGAGAGACAGCCUACCACGUGCCAGAGCAACAUGCUGAGAUGGACCGGGCCUUGCAAGACUACCCGCGGGCAAGGCAAUACGAGGUUCUGGCACAAGAGGAUUGGGACAAUUUUCGACGUCUGGCCUAUGACCCGCAGCUGCCGCGGCCCAUUCACAGCCCUCUGCAACGGCACUACCACAACCCACUACCGCCUCUACCCGAUCUAAGAGAUCUUCGGUACUAUGAUGACUUGCGGCGCCAGGAAGCUCUGACCAGCAUGCGGCAGCCAGCGGACCCACUGUGGGACGCUUCACGUCGACGGCAGCUAUCACCAAUUGACAGGAGACAAGUGCGCUUUGGUGAGACUGGAGACGACCGUGCUCUACAUGGCUCUGCAGACCUCCGGAAUCGCGCAACAUCUGCUCCCAGUCGGCAUAAUGAUCGCCAUCCCCUGCCGGCAUCACAUGACCUCUACCCACUGCCCUCUCAAUCCAUCCUUCGUCCAUCUUCAAGGCAUGCUGCCUACAGGGGCGAUGAAAGGCUGACAACGGUGAGGCCGCUGUCACCAAUGUACAAAGUUGCACCAAUGUUCUUGGCCGGCACUGGUAGUGAGUCGAGACAUGGCGCUGCGUCUCCGCCGAGGCUGCGCUCUGCUGGUCAGCGGAGGCCUCCAUCAAACAUGGGAUUAAGAAGAUCAACACUUGGUCACCAUGUAUCGGACGAGGCGGGCGGUGACGUGGGACCGUCAAUAAGCAUGGUGGGACUUCCAAGCACAGCAGGUCAUCAUGACAGCACACCAAGAGAUCGAGACAAGAAAGCGGCAUAUAGAGAAGAGCUAAAGAGACAGAUGGAAGAAAAAGCAGCAAAAGAGGAGGCAGCGCGAAAAAAACGUGAAAGGGAACAGCGUGAACAUGAUGCAGAGAAUGAAUCAUAUGAUCCCUGGGGCAAAUCCGGGGCAGGUGCUCCCAAUCGUGACCGAGCUGGAAAGGUGGUUGCUGAUCUUCGACAAAUGCGGACCAAGAACGACAAGGGGACGUCGUCGCCCGAGCCUCGAGCAGAUCCUGGCCAAGUAUCACCUGGACGCCUGCCUGCCACCUUUGACAUGGAUGGACCGCUCUUGAAAGCGGACGCGUUGCUACGGUCCCCGCCGAAAGGUGGACUAAGCAGUCGUCUAGGCUUCAUGGGUGAUGCUGGUAAGCAGCAGCAGCAUGCAGGACAGGGCACUGCACCAGGAUCGGAACCUGGUCCGGGCGGCGGCUCUGGUAACGAGUACCGCGACUUCCUACGGCGUCAGAUUGAGGAGAAGGCAGAGAAGAAGCGGAAAGAAGAGGAGAGGCAGAAAAAGGAGGAGGAAGAAGAGCUGAAACGCAUCGAAGAAGAGAAGAAACAAUUGGAAGAGCAAUAUCAGCUUGAACUCGAGAGGCAAAGAGAGAAGGAUGAGCUGGCGAAGAAGGAGAACAAGAAGGCCGCCGAGGACAAGGCCGGGGCCGGCGGCGGAGGCGGCACCCCUGCUCAGCCUUCACCGCCAGUGCAUUCUCAUCGCAGCAGAGCCAAGCGCAGGUCACCCACACGACAGGCUGACAUCAGAACUCCACCUCCCACGUGGCAAGCGCAGCCCAGAGCCAAGUCACCGCCUGUACCAGCAGUUCGCAAAAUGCUUUCCGGAGGCAUUGGCGAAGACAGCAGUCCGCACCAGGCGUACACAUCUCCACCGAAGUCAAACCGCGCGGCGAUGUCGCAGGAACCGGCGGCGGCGGCAUCCAGCAGGCGAACGGCAUCUCCACCUGUUCCGGCACUGCGUGGUCCUUCACCUGCACACCCAGCACCUCCGCAGUCCCAGCGCCAGCACUGGCACAGCCAACGGACACACUCACCGCCCGUUCCUGCAUUGCAAAAGGCAGCGGCAGCAGCAGCACCGAGAACGGACAUGGCGUCCCCUCUUCGACAGGUUGAAAAUACGUUCAGCACUCGGCGGUCGGAAUCGCCGCCCGUGCCCGCACUGCACGACAGCCGAAAGCGUGGAUCGCGUCCUUCGUCACGUCAGCGCACGGACAGAAAAGCGACGGCAUCGCCCAUGCUAGCUGCCCACGCCACGAACGGUGGCAUUGCGGGUCUGCCGUCCAAUGGUGCAGCCGUCACUGCAGCUAGCACGUCGCAACCCGGUGCCCUUACAUCCGUAGCUCAGCAGCUGGCUGAAAUGAGAAGACAGCUGGACAACGAGCAGCAAAGAUUGAAUAUGAGAAUGAAGAUGUCAGAGCAUCAGUUUGCAGCGCUGGCUGAUGUGCAUGCAGCAAACUAUCAGCAGAUUGCCGAUGACAAGAGGAAACCCACAAGGGAAUCUAACCCUGCGAAACCGGAUCCGGAGGCCGUCUUCUCAUCAGCUGUGUUCAAGCGGAAGCCACGGUUGGUUGCCCUGACAGAUCCGGGCAAAAUUCAACCUACAGACCCUCCGUUGACGAUUCCUGAAGGCAAAGACCACGUGGACCUGGCUGCAGAACUUCAUCAGUUCAACCGUCUGAAGUACCGGAAAGAUGCAGCAAUGGGUCGAGAUCAAUUGAAGUCCAAGUAUCCUGAGCCACCGACCUCAGCCGAUAGUAUAGACCGGCAGCAAAAUGCCUUGCUCAGACAGCAACACAAGGACAUUCAGCAUUUCCAGAAAGAGCUUCUCAAAGAGCCACCGGCGAGGAGUGCUCUCCACCGUCGGUUCCCAGCAUCCAAUUAUGUGGCUGCUGCCGGCAUGUCUGAUCAGUCGAGAAUUGACGGAAUGCUGGACGAUACCUAUUCCAUUGCUGCGGAAACGGCCUUCAUGCCUGUGGAUCACGACGGUGAUGGCAUCGGUAUCGGUGGCGGUGAGUCGUUACAUCUGCCACUGGAUGAGAAUGGUGACAUCAGUGACGUGCCCAUAAUGGAGGCGGCCAGGCAACGCAGCGCACAGAGGCAACGGCGUAGUGCCGAUCCUGGAACAUGGCGUAGCAGUGCAGCGUGGCUGGACAUUGACGAUGAACUUCGCCUAUCGCCCGAUAGCCUCCACCACGCAGAUCACGAUCAUCUUCAAGAGCAUGCGCUUACAUCGCGCAGUAUGCUGCAGCCAGGCUUUCUUGAGCGGCAGAACGAAGACCGGCUGAGACGGCUGCGUGACACGGCAGAUGAUAUUCAACAUGGCGUUGCCGAUCCUCUCCACAUUUUGAAUGAUUUUGUGGCAAGAAGGCCGCCUCUAGACAGGGCGCCGUCACCAUCGGUGAGUUUGAGGACGGAGACCACCUUCAGACCAACAUCGACCGGCACUCUAUAUUAGGCAGCGUCCAGAGAGACCCAGUAGCUGUGGUCGCCAUGCUCUAUGCGCUGAUUGGUUGUCACGGAUGAACUAACCACCUGACUGCCGUACGGACUUGACCCAGACUUGAAUCAUACGCAGAACUACAUGCACGUAUACAGAUCUACAUGUAUUGUGUGUAGAAUUUGAGGACUAUUUUAAUUGCAAUGGCGCUGUUCUAGGGUGGUACGUGAUACAUCUCGCUGAUGAUGCCGCUGAUGAUGUCGUACACGCUCUGAGUUUGUUGAUUGCCUUCAGCCCCUGCUCUUGUUCACAUGUCGGUGCAACACACAAAUACUCAUAAUAACAAUUACGGCAUCGUGCUGUGCAACUGUG